UUAAACUGAGACAAAAAGAGUAUAUGACACCGGCCGGCACGACUUGCGAGGGCACCGAACACAUAUACAAAAGACGAAACAGAAACACACGCUUUCGGGUUCGCCCAAGCUAAAGCAGCUUCAUUGACACGCAAGGCUUAUACCGGUUACGGCACCCAUUCAGCUCACACGGCGGCUCGGUACCGAAUUCGGGUUUCAGAAAUCUUCAUCAUCACCAAGCCCCAGCUAUUUAUCGAGCCUUCUUCUUCUUCUUCUUCUUCUUCUUCGUAACACCAACGGCAUUGAAACUCAAGGGGCAAGGAUAUCAAUAAGACCAAUCAGCCAUGGAUCAGUACCUGUUUCAGACGUAUCUCGACCAGUGCUCAUUUGUGGAGGAGACUACCUCAUGGAUAGAAAUCUUCAAUUAUUCGGAUGAAAGUCUCAACACCAUUGAGGAGCAUCGAUUCGGGCCUGAUGAGCGACGAGUCGAGUUUCAUAAUUUUUUGCGUCGGCGGGGUGUCUUUGCUCCUAGAAAGUUGAAGGAAGGAGUACGACUUUUAAACGGAAUUCGUCUAAUAGUACAAAAGGAUGCGCAAGAUAAUGAAACUUUUGCACCUCUUCACAUUUCUUUAAAGCCUGAGGACUACUCAAGCAUGGUCGAGAUCAUGCGGUUACCUUACCGAGCCAUAGAAGGAACCAGCGUCGUCGGCCCCUUUUUCUGGGCAGCUCUGGACCACGACGACAAAGAUCCUCACUUGCAAAUCAUCUUCCGCAAAUCCGACGUCCGGAAAAAGGGCAAAACCCGGGGCUGGGAACUGAUGCUCUCGCACUCCUUCAACACGGGCCUCACCUCGGGUUUCGUCAAAGGCACGCCCUCCUCCGACAUCAACGUUUCCAUCAAGACCCUAUUGGCCUGCGCCUCACAAGCCAUGCACCCCUUUUUGCUCCCCAUGAUCGUUUUGUCUCACGACAUCUCCAUUAAGACGGACAUGAAGCAGCGCGAAGCGCGCGAGUGGUUGCGCCGGCUCGAGCACGCCGUCAGCAUGCGACAAGAAAUCCUCGAGGAAGAGUCCAACUACAUCAAAGACACCAUGGUCAACCUGGACCAGAUCAACCGCGACCUGGUGGAGUGCCACUCCCAAGUCCUCUGGAAACGCCCGCAAGCCUAUCAAGAAAUCGUCCGCAGUUUCGGCAUCGCGCUCGAUAGUUUCUGGUCUCUCGCUGAAUCCCGCCCCGAAACCUACGGCAAAGAGGCUUUCAAAGCCCUGCACGAGAGCUUCGUCUCCCGCCUGGAUUUCUUCCAAGCCAAACUCAAGGGGAUCGAGAGCUACGCACACAUCACGCUCGAGCGUCUGUCCAUCCAGCGCGCGGCGCUGUACAACAUCAUCGCCCAGAAGGAGUCCAAGCUGGGUCUGCAAAUGGCCGUCGACCAGCGCAAGCUGGCGCACGCCGCCAAGCGGGACGCAACCUCUAUGAAAUCCAUUUCCCUCUUGGGCGCGGUAUUUUUACCCGCCACACUACUGGCGUCCGUCUUUUCCAUGACCUUUUUCAACUUCCAGAACCAGGAUUCGGGGGAUUCGUCGUCGUCCGCCGCUGGUGACACCAAUCCAACCUCUUCUGGGGGCAGUGGAAGCGGUGGUUCAGUCUCCCCCACCAUCUGGGUGUACUUUGCCAUCACCAUCCCUGUGACGCUCAUCAUCGUCGUGACCUGGCUCCUGUGGGACAAGAGGCGCGAAGCCGAGUACGCCAAGGUAGAUGAAGAUAUCGAGAAGGGCAUCGAUGCGAUGGAGAAGAAGAUCAUGGCAGAGAUGAGGAAGAGGACGAUGAGCACGGCUAGGACGUGGAAUGUUGCCAAGAGUUGAUGACAGUAGGAGGAGCGGGAGGCGGCUUGGGCAUAUAAGGCAUAUCACAACGAGUGACGAUGAUGUGACGAAAGAGAGAUUCAUGGAAUAACAACCGUUGUGUCAUUUUUGGAUUGAAGAAAGGAAAGGGAGUUGUGGGAAGGAUAACAUAUCAAGGACUGUGAAUACCUUGACGUGAUAUGAGUUAUGAUACCUUCGGGCAUUGGGGCGGCUACAUAAGUUAUGACUUACGUAUACAUACCAUGGCUACUUUAUUAUAGAUGAUCAAUGGCAUCUUCCCGCGAAGCGCUUUUGCGGCUUUGUGAACUUAUU